AUGGCUGAUGAUAGUGGAGGUACUAGAAGAUCUGAAAGAACCAGCAAGGGUCAUCCACCAGAGCAAACCAUAUCUGUCCUAUAUCCAGGUUUGUUUCCAGCAGUGCUGAACUUGGCUUCUAAUUCUCUCAUCACCACAAAUGCUACCUGUGGCAAAAGAGGUCCAGAGAUGUACUGUAAGCUGGUGGAACAUGUCCCUGGCCAGCCAGCAAGAAACCCUCAAUGCCGCAUCUGUGACCAGCGUAGCAGGAAUCCAAACUUGAGACAUCCGAUAUCAAAUGCAAUCGAUGGCAAGAAUACAUGGUGGCAAAGUCCUAGCAUUCAAAAUGGAUUGGAAUAUCACUACGUGACCAUCACACUUGACUUACGGCAGACAUUCCAGAUUGCAUAUGUCAUUGUAAAAGCAGCUAAUGCACCACGGCCUGGAAACUGGAUUUUGGAGCGUUCAUUAGAUGGUAACAACUAUGAACCCUGGCAGUAUCAUGCUCUCACAGACACAGAAUGUCUGACUCGUUACAACAUCAGUCCUCGCACUGGGCCUCCUUCUUAUGCAAAAGAUGAUGAAGUUAUAUGCACUUCGUAUUAUUCCAAAAUCCAUCCUCUAGAAAAUGGAGAGAUUCAUACAUCCUUAAUCAAUGGACGACCAAGUGCAGAUGAUCCUUCUCCAACACUAUUAGAGUUUACAUCAGCUCGUUAUAUUCGCUUAAGAUUUCAGAGGAUACGGACCCUAAAUGCGGAUUUAAUGAUGCUUGCACACAGAGAUCUCAAUGAAAUUGAUCCAAUAGUCACAAGGAGGUAUUAUUAUUCUGUGAAAGACAUCUCAGUGGGAGGAAUGUGCAUCUGUUUUGGCCAUGCAAAAUCAUGUCCAUUGAAUCCAGCCACAAAUAGAUCUUCUUGUGCAUGUGAACAUAAUACUUGUGGAGAAAGCUGUGAUCGGUGUUGCCCUGGAUUUAAUCAGAGACCGUGGCAAGCUGGGACUUUCCUUGUAAAGCAUGAAUGUGAAGCUUGCAACUGCCAUGGGAAGGCACAAGAAUGUUACUAUGAUCAGAUGGUUGCAGACAAAAAGCAGAGUUUGAAUAUCCAUGGAGAAUAUCUUGGAGGUGGAAUAUGCAUUAACUGUACCCAGAACACUGCUGGCAUCAAUUGUGAAAUGUGCAUUGAUGGAUACUUCAGGCCAAAAGGGGUUCAUCCAAAGAAUCAUCAACCAUGCCGGCCGUGUCACUGUUAUUCUGUGGGCUCUUUAGAUGGCACUUGUGUCAAGGAUGAAAAGCAAGCUACAGGAGAUAUGCAUCCUGGAUCCUGUCACUGUAAACCAGGUUUUGGAGGAGAGAGGUGUGAUCGGUGUGCAUUGGGUUACAAAAACUUUCCUCAAUGUGUGCCCUGCAAUUGUUCUCUGAAAGGCAGUUUGAAUGAUGAUCCUUGCGAAGGACCAUGCAGGUGCAAGGUCUAUGUUGAAGGGAAGAACUGUGAUCGCUGUCAAGCCGGCUUCUUUAACCUGCAGCAAGAAAACCCCCAGGGCUGUGAGGCAUGUUUCUGCUCAGGAAUAACAAAUGACUGUACAGAGUCUCAAUGGACUUACAGGACGAUUAUGGACAUGAAUGGCUGGCAAUUGACUGAUGAACGGGGCCUUGCUAAACUUACUCCUCAGCAGGACAGUUUCGAUGGACCUCAGCAACUGAGCAUCAGUAACAUAGUUGCAAGAACUGUUCUGCAGCCUAUUUAUUACUGGAGUGCACCGAGUCCUUAUUUGGGCAACAAAAUAACAGCUGCUGGAGGACAUCUGAAAUUUACUGUUUCAUAUGACCUCGCUGGGGAAGAAGAUAUUGCUGAGGCUGUCCUUCAGUCUGAUGUCAUCAUAGAGGUAGCGUAUUAUCUCACUAGAUAUAAAUGGGGAAGUGGGUUGAAAAUAAGCACGUCACAGGAAGGGAUUCACUUAAACCCAUUUGAAGAGCACACAGAAGAAGUCAUACUGAAGCACAACUUAUUCAUGCUGCACGGCGUCCCAGUCAGCAAAAGGGAAUUUAUGACUGUUUUGGCGAAUAUAAAAAGACUCCUUAUAAGAGCCACAUACAGCAAUGGGAUGAAUGCCAUCUACAGGUUGAGUGGUGUCAGCCUGGAAUCUGCUAACGACUUACUGACUGGACAAAAAGAUGCAUGUGCUGUUGAAAUUUGCCAAUGUCCUACAGGAUAUUCUGGUUCCUCCUGUGAAUCAUGCUGGCCAGGAAACAGGCGAGUUAAUGGCACUAUCGUUGGUGGAAUCUGUAGGCCAUGCACUUGUUUUGGUCAUGCAGAGUCCUGUGAUGAUUUCACUGGAGAGUGUGUGAACUGCAAGCACCACACAGGUGGUCGAUAUUGUGAUAGAUGUCUUCCUGGUUUCUAUGGAGAUGCCACUAAAGGGAAAGCUGAUGACUGCCAGCUGUGUGCCUGCCCACUGAGUAUAUCUUCAAACAACUCAAUCGAACUUGUUCUUGUCUACCUCAAGCCUGCAGCUGCAAUAUCAAUGGCUCAUUUUCAGAAGUCUGUGACUCUAAGACUGGACAAUGUCAUUGCAAGCCCAAUGUUCUGGGACGUCAGUGUAAUCAGUGUAAGUCUGGUACCUUUGGUGUGCAGUCAUCAAGAGGAUGUGUCCCUUGCAAUUGUAAUUCAUUUGGAUCGAAAUCAUUUGACUGCGAUGAAACCGGACAGUGCCGCUGCCAACCAGGUGUUGGAGGAAAGAAAUGUGACCAUUGUGCUCAUGGAUUUUACGAUUUUGAGGAAGGAGGCUGCACCCAUGAAUGUGGAAGGCUUCAACUGUGACAGGUGCAAACCUGGCCGAUUUGGACUCUCUGCCAGAAACCCUCUUGGCUGCAACAGCUGCUACUGCUUUGGCCUGACAUCAGAAUGCAGUGAGGCAAAGGGACUGGUCCGUGUGUGGCCAGACACAGAGAUGAAGAUAGGAAAUAUAGAAAGGCAUUUAAGCAAUUUCUCCCCUGUGUAUUUUGAGAACUGGAUAGAAAGCCAUGUUCCAUUGAGCAAUCAGGGUCAAAAUGUUGAAAAGAAACCUCAGAUUGAAUAA